AUGUCUCCGCUGCACUGCCAUCGCGACGACAAGGCUCUGUCCCCAUCACAUCGCCGCUAUUCUCGCAUGUUUGCAUCGCCGUUAGGCAGACUCUUCUACCAGUCCUUGGCUGCGCUUCAUCCUUCUGCACCUCGUCAAGCCUGUCAGUCCAGCUCGGCUGUCCACGCAGUAGGCUGGGGUGAGGAGACACUGAGCCUCAGGCCUAAGGUACUGGAUCGUUGCCGCGCUACCUGCUCAUGGGCUCGCCCGGGAACUCGGGGCGUGGCUUGGUCUUUCAGUUUUACAGCGCCCUCAUCGUUCUCUCUCGCGGGCGUUCAUCAGAUGCGCCGUCGCUCUCCACAAGCUUCUACCGCUCAACAGCCAACAAAAGUCCCCCCUCGAAGCUACCAUAGUCGCGUACAUACCUACUACGAGCUGCUGCCCGCCCCUCUGGAACAUCACACCCACGAGUCUGGACGCCACCUCACUCGAGCAAACGUUGACUGUCACCAUUGGUGGCGUUCCACUUGUGGCAAGCCCACGCUGCUCAUCGCUGUUUCAAGUCACUUCGGUGGCCAUCCGUGGCCUUGCACCAACGCCUCCAUGUUGCGGCUGGUUUCCGUGGUGGUCGAACUGCAUCUGACGCCCGGCAGCAUCUCAGGCCGUGAGUCGGCAUCCUGA